CGGAGCGGAGGUGGGUGUGUGAGACAGCUGAUACAGUUUCUAUCAUCCGAUUUCAGCUACAAGCAAUAUCGCAGUAAAGCGUCUGAAGCGAUUCGGUGGGGGGCUGAGGGCAAAAAAAAAACAAGCUGAUUUUCAUAAUCGCACGCGGACUGACUGUGCACCUGCUGAUAUGUGUGUGCCCAUUGUCUGGCCCAGACCCCCUCCCUGCCAUGGAGUGUGUGGAUUGCGGGCAUCGGCCUGAGGAGGCGGGCUUUGCUGCCAUGGGGAGCGUGGGUAGUGGGGUGUCUGGCCAGCAAGAAUUUGCCCUAAGGAGUGUGGGGACGCGAACCCAGAGCAGCCCCCCACAGGGCCCGUGUCACACCCAGCAGACCCCGGGAGUGCGUGGCUGCAGUGCAGAGAGACCCCAAGCCCUAGCUGUUCCUCACUGCACUGAACGUGCAUCUACAAACACCUGCGAGAGUCACACACCAAACAGUGACCGUUCGGCCUCCAAAGAUGACCACGCUGUAUCCAGCAGUGACUGUACCGUCUCCAGUGGCAGUCAGCUGGUGACCAACAGCAUGUUCAUGAAUGGGGCGGGGCGCAGAGGAGGCCUGGACAUCUGUGGAAAUAGUGUGGUGUUGAAGAAGAAGAAGAACAUUAGCCAGCCGGGGGCGCAUUGCCGAGAGAGCAGGAGCAAGCCGGAAAACAACAACAACGCCCCGAGAGUGCAGCGCGUGUCUAACAAACAAGAACAGAGUACUGAUGGUCUAGUCCGGCCCUCUGCCUUUAAACCCGUGGUACCCAGAAGCUUCCACUCCAUGCAGAAUCUGUUAUCUGCCCCACCUGCAGGAGGUGCAGGAGGGGGGCGUGGUGAGGUUUCAGGUGGGGCCCCCUGUGUACCAGGGAGGCAGAGGGAGCAGGAGAGCCCUAGUGGUGGGACUGAGAACAGCACUGGUCAAAGUGGGCUGUCGGACUCGGGCAGGAACUCAUUGACCAGCCUGCCUACCUAUGCCGGCUCGGCUUCCAGCUGCGGUCCUCCCCACACACUAGGGCCUCUCAGUGCCUCCACCAGCCACAUCAACAAGCUAGGCACAGCCGCCCAGAAUGGCCUCAGUACCUCUGACAGUGGGCGCUCCUCCUCCUCCUGCUGCCAGCGCCUCAGUCGCCCUGGUGACAGGCCACUCCCCCUGCAGACAUCCCCGCCCUGUGACGACAUCAUCCAAGACCUGGAGGACCGCCUGUGGGAAAGAGAGCAGGAGGUGCUCCAUAUGCGGCGAAACUUGGACCAGAGUGAGGUGGCGAUUGCGCAGGUGUUUGAGGAGAAGCAGCGCGUUUGGGAGCGUGAGAUGGACGACCUGAGGCAGAAUUAUGCGGGGCGGCUGCAGCAGGUAUCGCGCAAAGCUCUGCGCUCCCAGCAUGCCUUGCAAGCACAGGUCGCCCGUUUGCAGCAGGACAAGCGGCGGCUUCAGGAUGAGAUCACUGCAUUGCUUACCCACCGGGAGGAGCUGGAGAGGAAGUGCCUGGAUUACAGAAAACAGCAAGCAGACAUCCUUCCUCGGCUGGAAGAGACCAAGUGGGAGGUAUGUCAGAAGGUUGGGGAGAUCUCCCUGCUGAAACAGCAACUGCGUGAGAGCCAGGGGGAGGUAACGCAGCGCGCGGGAGAGACAGUGGCCCUACGAGCCCAGCUGAAGGAGCUAAGUGCUCAGCUGAAGGAGAGAGAGGAGACGGCACUGAGCCUGAAGGGCUCGUAUAGCAGUAAGAGCCUGCAGCUGGAGCACUGUGAGGGGGAGCUGCAGAGGACCCUCAGGGAGGUAUCUCAGCUGAGGGACAAGCUGGGUACCUUCGAGGCAGAGGUUGAGAGUUUGAAAAGAGCCCUUGACAAAGUGAACAGAGGGGUGGGAAGGGCCUGGGGGGGGCUACCUUUGACCCAGAGCCCCACAGAGGCAGCCCCUCCUCCACCUUCUUCAGGGGGUGACACCCUCCUGAGUCUGCAGAGUGAUGAGGCCAAGGCCCAGCGGCAGUGGGAGGAGGCCGGUGAUCUGCAACGGGAGCUGGAGCGCCUACAGGGGGCACUGCGUUUAGAGCGACAGCAGCGAGAACAGCAGGCCCUCAGCUUUGCUCAGGAGCGCCACAGCUGGCUGGAUGAGAAACAGCGUGUGCUACAGUACCAAGCACAGUUGCAGCUCAGCUAUGUGGAGCUGCUGCAGAGGAACCAGGUGCUGGAACGUCAAGUGGGCGAGCUCGGGAUGGGAGGAGCCUCACCCCCACCCAUUUCUCCAUCCUCACCUGAGCCACCCACUGACCUCCGUAGCCCACCUGCCACCAGUGACACGAAGCCCACUGCCCUGCACCAGCUGACCCCCACUUGGCCGGCUGCUUCUCGCCUGGAGAGGAUUGAGUCCACAGAGAUCUAGGUCUUUAGCCACCCAAUAUGAUAGUGUUUCCACCAUAUCUCCCUCCGAACAAAAAGGAUACAGAACCAGUAAGGGUCUAUAGGAGCAAUAACCAUUAUAACCACACCAAAUUCCCAGGAGAACCAAAAUCAAUAUCAGCUUGUUCAGUGUGGGGUGGGUUAAUAUUACUUGCCUUUAGUUUGUAUUUACUUCAGAAGUUCUUUCCUGACUGGACAUAUUCAGUCGGUGUUUGUGCGGUUCUGAAUAUUUUAAAGCCAGACACCAAUGUUAAUAAUUUUAACCAGCAUAUUAGGACCGCUGGACUGGCAUACGACUGAACAGCAUUUACCAAAAUCUCCACGAAAAUCUUGGCCUAGCUUUGGAUACAUGCAGACAGAUAACCUUAAUAAACCUUGACGCUUAAAUAUCAUGACCAUCUCACCAUAAGCCGUGUACAAUCUCACUGAUAAUUAAUCACAUCUGUUUAAUUCCUCCACUCGCCUUCAGUGAUUUAGUUUGUGUCUCUGACUUGGAUACAGAUACUUCUUCGCUUGAAUAUCUCUCACAGUCAUAUAGCAGGUCAAACUGUAUGUCGCUAAUAAUGCCAGUGAAGCAACCAAAAUUGCAGAGAAGGAAAAAGUUACACCAAGCAGACCCAGAUAUUGUAUGCUCUGUAAUCACUACACAAUGAGAAGGGCUUUGUUAGUAUGAGAAAAGUGAAGGUAAAUUAGGAUUGCAUCAUUUUCUUAGGAUGAAAGUGAUGCCAGGGAAUAUUAUAUGAGAUUAUGGAGGCACUGCUAUAGGGCUUUGGUGGGUAAAGGAUAAACAUGGAAAGCAUCUGGGAUACUGUGGGACCCAAAUUCAUCAGAACUGUCAGUUAAAAACUCCCAACAGGCAGAAAUCUUGAGUUGCUUAAAUGAUUAAACAGACCAAGGGAUACCAGAGAAGAUCACAUCUGAAUGUUGUUCCAGAAUAUAAACUUUUGCAACUGUGUGAUUCAACAACACGUGAAAGAAUAGUACAGUAGUGUGUCUUGAAAGCAAGAUCGUGAGUGGAUGCUAUGCAUUUGUAUGUGAAGCAGUGCACAUGAAGUGAAGGUCGAGGACUGUGUGUGACCGCGGUGGGGCAGAGGACAGGGCUAAGGGGAUGAGAAGAGAUACAAGCAGCAAAGAUGGAGGGAGACUUUAAAAGAACUGGAAGACAACAGCUCAGGAUGACUGAUAAACUGAACAUGACUGAUGACAGUAAAUGGCCAUAAAUUCUUAAUAACGUACAUGAACAUUAGAAUGAUAAAUGUGAAGUACAUCACUUUAAAUGAAGGUUUUAUGUUCUCGGUUAUUAAAAUUAGGACAAGAGACUGAAAGAGAGAAAUAGCCAGAGGAUGCGAUAUAGAUAACUGAUUCUGUCCCUUCCUAAGUAAUAUGGGUCAGACUUGCUGCUAUGUAUAUCUGUUGUGUCCUGCUGUGUUCUUGGUACAAAACUCAAAGGCAGUAUAUUUGGUUGUAAAUAGCAUUGUUAUUAAUGAGUACACGUUUAUUCCAGUAAUGCUACUCUGUGUGAAUAAUUUAAUACCAGUAUUGUGAAAUGACACACUUUAAUUUUUAUUUUUUUAAUUUUUAUUAAUAUAUAGAACUUUCAAUUCUACUAAUGAGCCGAACAUUCAAAACAUGUCUUUUUUUUUAACAUUAACGUAAUACAUGUAACUCUCGUAGUGUUUGAGAGAAUAAAAUGCUACUGCACUUGUAAAAGCUGAUGACCACCAUAAACUCACUCAGAAGCCCUCCCAACCACAAGUGAACACACACACACACACACACACACACACACACACACAUACACACAGAGCUUUGCUAUGCCUGUUUUUGUGGGGGCUCGCCAUUCAUUUCUAUAAGUGUAACCCUAAUCCCAAGAAUGACAGCCGUAAUCAUAACCCCGCCCUAACCUUACAAUGAACUAAAAGUAACCAAACAAAACUAAAUUUUCCUUUGUGGGGACUGGAGAAAUGUCUACACAAUGCAGUGUAUACACACACAGAGACACACACCCAGUCCCCCAAAGAAACCUUGCAAAUCAGGCAGAAAUUCAAUGAUAAACCCUUGUCACUACCAGUCAACAUAGCUUCUUUACAAUAACAUAACAAAUGCAGUAUAUUUAAGAAUUUGAUAAAUAUGGUUAAUGUAUUUAUUUCAAAGAAAUAACAAACAACUGCUGCUGUUUUUAUAACAAAAAGUUAGCACAUCUAAAUUAUCUAUUUUACAGCCUAACCUUCAUUUAGUUUUCUCAGCUAUAAAACUGCUUUAAAUAUUCUCAUAAUCUGACGUUUGGCCACACCAUUAAUGUUAUUAAGGUGCAUGAAUUCAGUAUGAAACUGAAUAUACAUGUAACUCUUACCUGAAAGUUAACAUUACAGAUAUUGUGAAAAGCUUAUGAAUUAUC